GGGAAGGGGAAGGUGCCGGCCUCGCCCCGCCGGGUCCGGGCCCGCACCCCGGGGAGCCGGGCCGAGCCUCUGCCCGGCCUUCCCGGAGCGGGGGGCGACUCGUGCGGCACCCCGCGAGCAGCGCUCCUCGCCCCGGCCCCCGUUACUUGCCCGCGCCCUCGUGCGUGGGGCCGGCGCAGGCCGGGUCCAGCGCCGCUCACUCGGACGCGGUCCUGUUGCUUUAGGGGACGUUGCCCGCCCGGCCCUGCGGGCAGCCCGGCUGGCGGGGACAGCAGUGCGCGCAGCCGAGCGGGGCUUAAGUUCGGCUCCGAAAUGCUGCUGCGUUGGGAAACGUCACCGAAUGGACUUGUAUUGGCUGCGUUAAAGGCUUUUGGAUAAUUUUAACAUCACAGCAAAGAUGAUGCAGACGCUUCUAUUAACGGCAGAAGGAAGAAUAGAAAAAAACAAAGUUCAUGCUUAAUGCCUUGUUACGUGCGUUUGUUUUAAUGGCAGUAAGGCUCUGCAGAGUACUGCGUCGUUUCAGUAUUUGAGUACCUGUAGAAAUUAUUCUUUAAGCUAAGAGCUUGAGUCGCACGCGUGUAGAAAGUUUUGGCUCAAGAGCUUCUACCGACACUGGUCUUCCAGAGAAGACUUGCAAAGGAGGAACCUAAGCCUGCUUUGUAUCAUUUAAGAAUUUCUUCCAAGUAGUAGCAGUAAAAGAAAUGUAUUACUUUAGAAGAGUGGUGUCGGAAUAGCGAUGUAGCGCUGAGCUGAUGUGCUGAAGGCGAAUUUUUCAAAAUAACUUGUAGUCAGUUUGUAUUCAACUAUCUGCAUCGUUUUGCCCUCUUAGUUGCUUUAUCUUGAGAUGAAAUCUUGCCACCACGGAGUGAUCUUUAGCAGACAAUUCAGCCUUUGAACAACCUGAGAAAUGGCAGAGAAAUCAAGAUGUUUUGAGCAGAACCUUAGGUUCCUGAGAGAUGAGUUCUGUAUUACUACAUAGCUACAGACAGCGAGAGUCCUAUUUUGUUACGGAUUAUGACCCAACAAUCGAAGACUCCUACACCAAACAAUGCGUGAUAGACGAAAGAGCUGCGCGCUUGGACAUUCUGGAUACAGCAGGACAAGAAGAAUUUGGAGCCAUGCGUGAACAGUACAUGAGGACAGGGGAGGGUUUUCUGCUUGUUUUCUCAGUCACUGACAGAGGAAGUUUUGAAGAAAUCUAUAAGUUUCAGCGACAAAUUCUUAGAGUGAAAGAUCGUGAUGAGUUUCCUAUGAUUCUAGUUGGUAAUAAAGCAGAUCUGGACCACCAAAGACAGGUGACACAAGAGGAAGGUCAGCAGCUAGCGCGACAACUUAAAGUAACGUACAUGGAAGCCUCAGCAAAAAUCCGAUUGAAUGUAGACCAAGCUUUUCAUGAACUUGUCAGAGUUAUAAGGAAAUUUCAAGAACAAGAGUGCCCUCCUUCACCAGAGCCAACACGGAAAGAGAAAGACAAGAAAGGCUGCCAUUGUGUUAUUUUCUGAGAAUCCCAAGAACCAAGCUAUCAACUGCCAGAUUAUUUUUUUUCUUUCCAUCAUUUUACAUCACUUCUGGUAUUGGUCUAGCCUUAUAUGUGCAUGUCCUAAAAGUGGUCACCAGAAUAGCCUUAGUCCAAGAAGCUGGCAGAAUAGUUCUUGAAGAAGACUGUCAUCUUGGGGCAGACUUCAAAGCAAAACACUAAGGCUGCUUCUUUAAUACCACAGUUCCCUCCUCUCUCUUAAGAGCUUGCACCUUGUGGAGUUUUAUUCGCAAAGGAGAUGAAACAAAACCGUGUAGGACAAGGUGUUGAAGUCAUGCAUAAGUUGUCUCUUGUGAAUUAAUUUAUUUUUUACUUCUGACGUUUCAUUAGCUAUUACAAAGACCUAUACUGAAGCAUAGAGAAUACUUUUAAAAAGGGGUGGAUUGGCUUUUUUGCCCUCAGCUAAAUUAGACUUGAGUAUUCAGCUAGCCUUAAGAAACCUACACUGAAUUUCAUUGUCAGCAAAAAUUUUUAUCUCUUGUUUAUGCUGCAGUUUUAUUUCAGUGGCCAAAACAGUCUACUGUAUUUAUUUUAUGAAUCCAGAACAGCUACAGGAUGAUUACUACUACAAUUAGAAUAUGGCCAAAUACCUGAGCUCAUUCUGGAUUGAGGCAUUUCAGCUUAAUAUGAAAUUUCACAUCAUUGUUUGGAAACAACAAAAAAAAAGUGUCUUCCUUUGUAUUUCUGGGUAAGGGAUUAAGGAAAACUAAAAUUCUAGCUGUUUUUGUUUCAUGUGAUAUAAAAAUGAAUUUGAUCUUUCCAUUGUCAGAGAUGAUUAAAUGUUUUUGCUAUAUACUUUUAUACAUUAUUUUCUUAUCAAACUAGUUAACAAGUAUUUUUAUAUGUUUGUAAGCAAAUAUGCUUUCACAGCAUAACUUGUGUAUAUGUAAAGAUGAGUAUUUAAUUCUCACAGUUCACUUUUAACUGACAAAAUGUGGGAUUUGCCAAACUGUGGUAAACUUCUCCUUACUCCUCUGGUUAUACCCAAGAAUGGCCAAUUAUGUGCCUGCCCAACACACCCGUAGAGUAAAAUCUAGUGUUGUGUUUUAAUCAAUUGCAGUAUCCCUUACUAAAGACUGACCAUUAUGUGAAUUAUUAAACUGUAAGACUUUUAACUGAUUGUUUAGUUAAACUGUGGAUGGUUGUUUAAUUUUGAGUUCUGUGGAUUGUGUUUAAACAAUUCAAGAGUAUGUUCCCUGAUAUUGAAAUACUGAGUGGUAUUGCACAGUUGUCACCUUACUGAAUGUGUCCAACAGUUCUUUGAAACUUGAUUAUUAAGCAAACCCUUGUAUAACUUCAGGUGCUAGAAUUAAAGAUGAUCUAACUGUUA